ACCAGUUGGAAAUUAUCAACAGCCUUGUAAGAAGUUGUAAGUGUCUCUUAUUUCAAUUCUUACGGAAGCGGUGCGGACUUAAUAGCUUCAGGAUGAUGGCCUCCCCAGCUUCCGAAGUCCAGCUCACAACUCUUCACUCAAGUCACGAUGAAGAGACCACAACACCAGUAGCAACCUCCUCAAACGAUCUCCACCCAACAACGCCUCGCCGCCAACUCCUCGUCCUCAUCUCCAGCUUCCUAACAAUCUGCAUAACAGUCGGGUUGAAUCAAUCCUACGGCGUCUUCCAAUCUUACUAUACCUCCCCUUCGCAGACGAUACUUCCCGUAUCUACGUCCUCAUCAGCUCUCACGGCAUUCAUCGGAACCCUAGGCUCAGGCCUCACUUGGUCUGGCUCACUGUUUAUCAACCCCAUCCUCGCACGGCUCAAUGUGAAAGGCACUAAAGCCCUUUGCGUAACCGGAGUCUUGUGCAUGAGUCUCGGACUCGGUCUUGCCAGUCUCUGCUCCCAAGUCUGGCAGCUUCUACUCACCCAAGGCCUCCUCUAUGGAAUUGGUUCCUCCCUCCUCUACUUCCCUAUCCUCAGUGUGGCGCCGGAAUACUUUACCGCUCAUCGAGGUUCGGCAAUGGGGUUUAUCCUCUCUGGAUCUGGGAUGGGAGGGCUCAUCUUCUCACCUCUUAUCCGCGCUCUGCUUUCAGCUAUUGGGCCGAGAUGGGCGCUGAGGGCUCUGGCUCUCUUGGUGCUGGUGGUUAGUUUGCCAAUUGCGAGCAUGGCGGCUCCAUCUAGAUUUGUGGGUAGGAGACCGACCCGUAUCGACAUCAAGCUUGCGAUGAAACCGUCGUUUCUGUUCAGUGUUGGAGCGGGAUUCCUCCAAGCUGGUGGAAAUGGCCUUCCGUUGACGUUUCUGGCUGAAUAUUCGGUCGUUCUGGGUUACAGCGCCGGGUUUGGUGCGACCCUUCUGGCCGUUUCGAAUGGUGUUAAUUCGGUAAGUCGAGUGAUGUCCGGGUUUGCGGGAGAUCGAUUCGGGAGGCAGAAUACGUUGAUUUUGACUGGGGUGCUGUGCGUGAUUUCUGUGUUGGGAUUUUGGUUGGGAAGCGUGAGUGGUGGCAAUAAAGUGCUUUGGAUUGUUUUUGUGGUGCUUUAUGGGGUUACGGGUGGUGGGUAUAAUGCUUUGUUCCCAACUACGGUGGCAGACGUCUUUGGACUUCAAGCUUAUGCUAGUGUCAACGGCUUCAUCUAUUUCGUGAGAGGGCUUGGAACCAUGUUUGGAAGUCCAGUCGGCGGAAAGAUUCUUGGCGAAAGUAAGCUGGUUAAUUACCGGAACGUGGUGUUAUUUGAUGCUGCGUUACUUGGCGGUGCAAUGUUCUGCGUUAUUGGAGUGAGGUGUUGGGAUGCUGUUGAUAAGAGAACUUGGAAAUGGAAAGCUUAAUGGCAAUUUCUGGGCGGCAAGCUAGAUUCAAUUGUUCCAAAGUUUCCUGGGGCGAUGAAGAAAGUCUGAUUGCAAAUUUUUCUAGGCGCUCUCCUGGUACAUUCGCAAGGCCCAACAUUGGAGUUGUAUAUGAGUGUUUUUUACUAAGGAAAAGAAUCCUCGAGUGGUAAAACCCAGAUUUCUUUUAUAACACUCAAUAUCCUUAUAUCAACAUCGCCCGUUUAUGCUGUCUCUUUGAGCCUAUGCAUUUCUUCAUAGCCUUUAGCCUUAUCCUCUCUUCCUAAUCAAUUAACUUUCUUGAUAUUUACUUCUCUUAAGAUUAAC